GCCCAAGCACGAGGCUUCACAAUUAUUGAGGCGAUCAUAGUACAACUAAGUUAAAAGCUGAUUGGUCGCUUGCUUUUCUUAUUCAUUAUGAUACUUGUAUAUAGAUAGAAGGGUCCUUGAUUAAUUCCUACUCGGUUCCACCUGCAAAAUGUAUCCACCAUCAAAUGACCAACCAGAACCAAUCCAUGUUUCAGGAAUUCCAAACACACUACCUCCACAAUCUUACGCUCCACAGCCUUAUGCUUCAUAUAUUCAGGCUGGUAUGCGCCCUCCCGGCGCGGUGGGGAAGUGGUCCACCGGUUUAUGCCAUUGCUGUGAUGAUCCUGCAAAUUGUAUGAUCACUUGCUUUUGCCCUUGCAUCACAUUUGGACAGAUAGCUGAGAUACUGAACAAAGGAUCAUCAUCAUGUGCUGGAAGUGGGGCUGUGUAUGGACUGUUACUGGGUUUUACAGGUUUUGCUUGCUUGUUCUCGUGCUUCUAUCGCUCAAAAUUGAGAGGCCAAUAUGACUUGGAGGAGGCACCUUGUGUGGAUUGCCUAGUUCACUUCUGCUGUGAGACUUGUGCACUGUGUCAAGAAUAUAGAGAGCUCAAGAACCGCGGAUUUGAUAUGGGGAUAGGUUGGGAGGCCAAUAUGGAUAGGCAAAAACGCGGCGUUAUGAUGGCUCCAAUUAUCACACCCACCAUGACAAGAUAACAUGCUCCUUAUUUUGGAAAUUUAUAAUAUACUCUUGAAGCAUUAAAGGUAGUGUUACUUACAUAUAUAAAAUUACAAUUAUUUCUUAAAUUAAGGAGAAGUAGGUCUUGCCUAGUCUGGUUCUAGUAAAUCUAUGAUUGAGUCCCCACUCCCUCAAUCCCCCUACUAAAAAAAAAACAAAAAAGCCAGUCUUAUAUAUUGUGAGAGAGUGAGCAUAUGCUCCAAAGCACUCCAUAAUCUCUCCCAUUUUUAAUACAUAAACCUUGUGUUUAGAUGGAAGAAGUUAAAAUUUGAGAUUUGCAUUUGAUGAAUGUAUAGGUUUUCUUCAA